AUGUGUUUUAAUUAUUUUGAUUUCUAUCAAUUAUAUGAAACACUUUUCUGUUUAAAUCAACGUUUCAACAAAUUAAUUCUAUAUGAAGCAAGAAUUCAUGUUGAUUUUGGUGCAAUUCCAAAUGGAAAAUUUUUAACUUUUUGUUUUAAUUUAAAUCAGUUAACAAAUACAAGUAAAAACUAUCCAUUAUCAAUUCGGGCUGAUAAUGAAGAUCAAUUUAAUAUAUUUUUCGAAGAUGAUUUAUUCAAAGAUAAAUUUUCUAAACUAAAAUCAUUAACAAUAAAUGAUAUAAAACUUGCAACAUUAAGCAACAUAAUAUUUGACAAAAAAAUAAAAUUAUAUGAAACAUUAGAACGAUUAAGUUUAAUGGAAAAUAUCAGUGGAGAAGACUAUGAAAUAGAAGAAUUAUGUAAUAAUUUAAUAUCAUCAAAAAUGAAAUCAUUAAAAUAUUUGAAUUUGAAUUUUGAAAUACAUGAUUGUGAAUGUGAACAUGACAUGUACAAACAUGAAAAUUAUGUUGAUUUAAAUUUUGAAGAAUUGUCAAUAAGAAAAAACUCAUUAAGUAAUUUAGAAACAAUUAUUAUUGGUUGUAAGUUAUCAAAAUUGUAUCUUUUUUUAUAUACAUGUAUAGUGACGAACAAAAUUUUAGAGCCUUUUUAUUUUAUGAAUUAUUUUGCUAAAAGGGAUUUGUUGAAGACAUCUAAAUAGCGAUUUGAAUAGGCAAUGAAGAGCUCUAUUUAAGGCAUCAUAUACCAGAAUUUCAUCGAUAGAAUAUGACGGCAAGAUUUCUAAAAAACUGAAAAACGUAUUUUUCAGGUCCUUGAAAACUUUGUGGAAAUUGGUUUUUGAUAAUGCCAUCUUAAAGAGCGUAAAGUUCUGAACAAAAUAAGGGGGCGCUGUGUGUUUUACGAUCUUCUCUUCAGCAGUUGUAGGC